UCUCUCUCUCUCCCCUCUCUCCCUCUCUCUCUCUCUCUCUCUCUCUACCUCUCGCGCACUGGAGGACUCAGAAGGAGAGAGACACCCACGUAACUGCGAACACAGCGCGCACAGGUACGCGAGAGGGGGCAGCCGCGCGAGGUGUGUGCAUUGUGUGCGUGUGUGUACGUAACGUGUACGCGUGCGCGCGCGACGAGUUCCCUUUUCAGUGCCUCGCGCGCCGCGGAGUCGCCGCGACCUCGUCGUCGAGUUGCCACGUUCGCCGAAGGCCGAAGAGCAGUUUAAUCGGGUGGAGUGAUAGGAGAAGAGAGGAGAGAGCAGCAGCGAGUCCACCGACGUUUCCGUGCAUCCACUCAGCAUCCCGCAUCAGCGCACUCUUUUCUUUUUCCCCAUUUAUUUUAUCCUUCUCCCCCUCUCCCCCCACUCCCCCUUUUUUUUAUUACUUUCGUACGGGCCAACUCGACGCGUGUGGAAUUACUCCUAGUGGGAACGUACUCGCGCCGCCGAAUCGACCUGUCCGCCCCACGUCUUCGACGCGAGUGUUCGAGGAGAGUGUUUUGAACGAGGAAAGGAAGUUCCGGAAGUUUACUCGGGGACCCCCCGUUUCUCGCGGUGUGGAUAAGUCGCGGUACAGGAGCGGAAAUUGAUGAAGGGAACGACUCCACUUCUCGUCCUCGGAUAACGGAGAACGAGCGACGCGUGUAUCGAGAAACACAUCUUCGGACACUCACGAUUUGUGACUCACAAGACGGGGUAGUCUGCGCGCACUGAAAAAUCGACCGCCGAGUCGUGGAGCGUCGGCAGUAUCCGGAAGUUUCGUUAGCCAGGCGUGUACCACCAUCCAGAACAAUCCCCCGCCCGUGGCAAGACGGCCGAUCGUGCGGACGUCCUCGGUGUUAUCCCGGCGCGGCCGCUACGUGCGACGACAACAGCCCAAAGAUUCUCCCACCGAAGGCCAAGAUGCACAUCGAGGUGCAGGUGGCGCUUAACUUCGUGAUAUCGUAUCUCUACAAUAAACUGCCGCGUAGACGAGUCAACAUCUUCGGCGAAGAGCUCGAGAAGGCGCUCAAGGACAAGUUCAAAGGCCACUGGUAUCCGGAGAAGCCGUUCAAGGGCUCGGCGUUCAGGUGCCUCAAGACCGGUGAUCCGGUCGACCCGGUGCUGGAGCGCGCCGCGAAAGAGAGCGGUGUGCCGAUCCAGGAUAUCCUGGAGAAUCUGCCAGCCGAGCUCGCCGUCUGGGUUGAUCCUGGUGAGGUGAGCUACCGUAUCGGCGAGCUGAACGCCGUGAAGAUUCUCUACUCGGAGACCGGCGAUCCGCACGACGAGACCUCGGCCGAUCGCGAGGUCACCAAGACCUUCAAUCCCGAGGCGCAGUGCUUCAGGCCGAUCGAAGCUGUAAGCACGUCCUUGAGCGGUCUCAGCCUCAGUCCGAAAUCAACCUCGCCGUUUUCGAGCUCCCUCGGCAGCAACGCCAGCAACGGCUCGUCCAACAACCAGCAGAACGGCCACGGAUCCGGUUCCUCGUCUGCGCCCUCACCCACGCCCAUCACCAGCUCCUUCAAGGGCUCGCCCAGCCCCGUACCGGCCUUCAUCCCGCGUACCACCGCCCCGCUCACCUUUACCACCGCUACCUUCGCCCAGACCAAGUUCGGCAGCACUAAGCUCAAAACUAGCAGCAAACGCGCCAACAGGAUGUCACCCACUGAGUUCUCGAACUAUAUAAAGCAGCGCGCAGCGAUGCAGCAGCAGAUUCACCAUCACCACCAUCAUCAGCAGCAGCAACAGCAGCAUCAGUCGCAGCAGCAGCAGCAGCAGCAGCAGCAGCAGCAGCAGCAGCAGCAGCAGCAGCAACAGCAGCAGCAACAGCAGCAGCAACAGGCGACCGCGGUUGGUGCAGGAUUGCCGGUCUCCCAGAGCUCGCCGCGCAGUCGUAGCCUAUCGCCCGGUAGCAUAGUCGCCGGCGCUGGACAGCAACAUACGGACCCGAGUGCGUACUUCUUCCAACAUGGCCCAGCCGCGGCCGCGGCGGCGUACCACGCGCAGUUCCCCCAUCGCAACAUCUUCGACUCGUCGGCGAGCCACGGUGGCUACCUGCCGGCCGAUCUCUACGCCGGCACGAAAUUCCCAUCGUCGUACCUCGACCCGACCACCCUGGCUGGCCAUCAGUUCUACGGCGGCGGCAUGAACGGCGCUGGCGCCGGUACCGGCGGCGCUGUAAACGGCACCAACGGCGCCGGAGCCGGUACUCAGGGCGCCGGUAGCGCCGGCGCCGGUAAUCUCGGUCCAAUCGGCUCGGCGACAACCAACGGCAACGUCAACGGUGGCGCGACCGCCGCGGCGCAGCAGCAGGACAAGAGUGCCCUGGUCGAGGGCCUCAACAACUUCGGCCUCGGCUCGGUCGCACCCUAUCCGGCCAGCCAAUAUCAGCACUUGCUCGUGGCCAACUAAUACCUCGCGCGUGCACAUGAGAUCGUCGACAAAACCGCCGCCACGCCCCGUGGCGGCGGUAACAGCGUUUUCGUUUUCGGUGCCGCUGGUCCGGUGACGAACAAAAAGGAGAGAAGGAGGCCUCCGUCGCCUCCGAGACUCCGUCGUCGAGACGUUGUCCAGAAUUGUCCGGCUUCUUAAAGAUGACGGACCGUCCGUCACAGUCGCCGAGUCAGUACCACUCUAUCUCUCCUCCCUUAAUCAGAAUACACUGGUUAAUGGUAUUCACGAUACCGACUUGUUCUCUCCCGCGAAUUCCUAUUCAGAACGCUUCUCAGAACGCUCUUUCGUUCGAUCUUUCCUAAUCCAACAAGUGUCCGAGGUAUUCUGUACAUACAUUAUUGAUACAUUAUUGAUUGUCGCUGAACGGAGGAGAGAUAGAGAAUGAGCAGAGAAAGAAAGAGAGAGACAGCCGCCGAACGAUCAGCACCGACGACGAAAGCGAUCGAGAAUGAGGAAAGAAGGCGCGACGGAAAACGGGAAUAGAAAGAAAGAGAGAAAGGAAGGAAGAGAUGUGUAUGCGUGUGGAGAUGAUGCGUCUGAGGUACGUCUGAUUGCGAUAUAACGUGUGCGUGCGGAAACGGUUUUAGGCACGGUGGAGAGAAGAGAGGAGACGGAAGGAAGCGGCUAACGGCUAACGAGAGCGUGUAUAUGUGUUAAAACCCGAUAAGGACUCGAUUGGCGAUGGCGCGAGACGCUCGUUCGAGACGGAAGCCAUCGUGUGGCUACCUACAAUACACGCAUACAUACACAACACACAUAAACGCGCUCAAAGGUAUACGGCAUGCAUGUAGCGCACCGGCGGACAUUCGAACGACGCGUCGAGCGCGCAUCUAGGACAGUAAAGAUACACUCGACACAUUAUAAGAAUAACACACACACACACACACACACACACACACACACAUAUACAUAUUAUACCGAUCUUCCCGUAUAUACAUCCCGUAUAACAUACAAUACGAAUCCACGCGGGUACACGUAGACCUUUCACAUACAUAACAUGCGAGCAUCAUCCAUGCACGAGAUGACACACACACGUAUGUAUUAACGAAACAAAAAAAAAAAAGAAAAAGAGGAAAACCAUAUAUACGCGACACUGACCCACACAGAUAUUACCAACGUGUAAUAAUUUAUUUUUUCACUGGUAUAUAGUCGGAGAAUUAAAUAAUGAA